AUGAUGCAACGCUUGCCCGCCGUGGCCAUUGCCGGGCUGAGUUGUGAGAACUCUACCUUCACCCCGUCACGCACUCGUGCUGCAGCGUUCCACCCAAAACGCGGGCGAGAGAUCAUCGAACAUUACAAAUUCCUACAUCCGAAAACAAAGUUGGGAGACGAAGCAGAGUGGAAAGGGGCUCUGAUUGGACAUGCGCUGCCUGGAGGCAUCGUGGAAAGGGCUUCAUUUGAAGAGCUAGCAGCCGAGAUCAUACAACGCUUGUCGGAAAUCUGCCAGUCUUUACAGCGUCCCUUAGAUGGGCUGUGGUUCGACAUACACGGUGCCAUGUACGUUGAAGGCCUUGAAGAUGUCGAAUCUGAGUUACUCCGGCGCAUACGAGCUGUCAUCGGGCCCACAGCCAUCGUCUCUGCCUCCAUGGAUCUUCAUGGCAAUGUGUCGCGUGAACUUGCUCAUCAAGCAGACCUUCUCACAUGCUAUCGUACUGCACCCCACGUAGAUGUGUCGGAGACGAAAGAGCGGGCCUGUCGCAAUCUUCUUCGAGCACUUGAGGUUCACAAUGCCGGAGGCUCUCUUCCGCUCAAAGCCUGGAUACCAAUUCCAAUUCUCCUGCCUGGUGAGCAGACAUCCACCCGCGAUGAACCCGCUCGGCACAUCUAUGAUGCAGUUCCAGAGGUGGAGAAGCGCGACCUGAUCCUCGAUGCUGCCAUUUGGGUCGGUUACGCCUGGGCCGAUGAGCCACGAAAUCGCGCAGUGGUGGUAGUCACUGGUUGGAACAAACCUGCAGUCGCAAAGGGGGCGCAGGAACUUGCGAAAACUUUCUGGGAUGCUCACGGAGCGUUUCGAUUCGUCGCUCCUACGGGAUCCUUCGCGGAAUGUCUAGACACUGCUCUGGCGACGAACGCACGACCGUAUUUUAUCUCAGAUUCUGGCGACAAUCCCACCGCCGGUGGCUCUGGCGACGUUACAUGGGGUGCUACUCAACUUCUACGUCGGCCUGAAUUUUGUGAAGCUACCGGACCAAAAGUGAUUUAUGCCAGCAUACCUGGCGCAGAAGCGGUGGCCAUCGCCGAGAAAGCUGGUAUCGGAGCUACAAUCACAGUCACAGCCGGAGCUGAAAUUGACGACCUUCACGCCGGACCCAUUACGAUGAGAGGACGCGUGCAUUCAAUCAAGCACGGAGAUCCGCACGCACACAUCGAGGUGGUGUUGCAGGUAGGCAGUGUAUUUGUCAUCUUGACCAAAAUGCGCAAACCUUACCAUAAAGAACACGAUUUCACCGAGCUUGAUCUUGCGCCACGAGCAGCAGACGUUGUUAUCAUCAAGAUUGGGUAUCUCGAGCCAGAGUUGUAUGACAUGGCGAAGGACUGGAUGCUCGCGUUGACGCCUGGAGGCGUGGAUCAAGACCUUGGAAGGCUGGGACAUCAUCGCAUUGAAAGGCCAAUGUGGCCCUUUGAUACCGAGUUCAAAGCACAACCUGAUCUACAAGCACGCUUCAUUCCAUCAUCAAGAGAAUCAACACCUGGAGAUAAUCUAAGGUAA